CCAUCUGUUAUUGAUGCUGGUGAAGCUGAAACGAAGAGUGUGUCAGUGAAGGAGGGAUAUUCUGUUACUCUUCAGACUGAUAUUACUGAACUACAUGGAGAUGAGCUGAUAGUGUGGAGGUUUGGAGGUGAAGGAGAACUCAUAGCUAAGAGUGAUAUAGAGACCAAGAGCUCACCUUUAUAUGAAAACAGUGAUGAGACAUUCAGAGACAGACUGCAGCUGAAUGAUCAGACUGGAUCUCUGACCAUCAAGAAUAUGAAAAACACAGACUCUGGACUUUAUACAGUGGACAUCAGCAGCAGCAAACAGAUGAUAAACAAGAGAUUCAUUGUUACUGUCAGCGGUUCAGGUGUGUCUUUCAUGUCAUUUCAAACCCUCCUUUUGUGGAACAUAAAAGAAGAUGGAGAAAGCUUUGGCUAACAUGGCCUUGAAAACCGCAGAAACUGCAUGUGCUAAGGAGCCAGAGACCUCAGCAAAAGCUAUUGCGACACCAACAGAAACGCCUAAUGCCCUUAAAGGAGUUUCUCAAUCGCUGUUGGAGAGAAUUCGUGCCAAAGAGGCUCAGAAAUUGCACACUACUAUGACACGGAACCCACAGCAGGAAGAGCGCCUGUCGACAAUGUCACGGCUGCCAGAGUUGGCCAGGAUCUUGCGAAAUGUAUUUGUAGCAGACAAAAAGCUGGCCCUCAACAUGGAGCUCGCCUGCAACUGCAUGAUCGCUAGCUACAGGUCUCCUCUCAGUUCUGCGUUACAUCACUUGCUCACUAAUGGAUCAUCUGCAGUGAUUCAGAAUGAGUUCAAACGACUGAUUAAAAACACCACAAUAAUCCAGGAGUAAUCAAAUAACGUCUUGUGAAAAGCUGCACCCAUUUACUGGAUCCUUUGGUGAGCAAGUUAUGUAAUGUAAAAUUUGUCUAAAUUUGUUCUAAUGAAGAAAGAAAUUCAUGUAUAUCUUAGACAGCCUCGGGGGGCACUUAGCUGUUGCUUAGCUAAUUGUAAUACUUGAAGUGCACAAACAUUCAGCACAUUUGUUACUGUUUUUGUUAUAUACUGUUUUAACUAGUUUUAGAACAGUCA